AUAUCUAAAUUCUAAAGUAUUAAUUUUAUACACUAUAAAGAAAAAAAAUGAGUAGUAAAGUUUUAUUAUUGCUAUUUUUAGCAAUUUCUAGCUGUUUUAUGUUUUGUAAUGCAGGUUAUAAGGGCUAUCCCAAGUAUAAAAUCAAGAAAAAUACGCUGAAGGAUCAUUUUUACCGUAAAACUUGCCCUAAUUUAGAAGAGAUCGUGCAAACUGUAAUCGAGAGACAUGUUCUUGGCAACCCAAACUUGCCUGCAAAGCUUAUCAGGAUGCAAUUCCAUGAUUGUUUCGUUAGGGGUUGCGAUGCCUCGAUAUUACUGAACUCGACUGCUGAUAACCGAUCAGAGAAAGAAGCACUACCGAACCUAAGUAUAUCUGGGUUCGAAGUUAUAGACGAAAUUAAAGAAGAGGUUGAGAAAGAAUGUAAAAGGGUUGUCUCUUGUGCUGAUAUCUUGGCUAUUGCUACUAGGGACGCAGUUUCAUUUCCACAUGGAAGACAAUUAUGGAAAGUGCGCACCGGUAGAAGAGAUGGAACAAUAUCAUUGGUUUCAGAAGCAACAGCUAAUAUUCCAUCCCCAUUUUCAAACUUCACUGUCCUUAAACAUCAGUUCCAAAUGAACGGCCUUUCUGUUCGUGACCUUGUCGUUUUGUCAGGUGCGCAUACAAUAGGACGAGGACACUGCAACAUAAUCCUUAACAGGCUAUUCAACUUCACAGGAAAAGGAGACCAAGACCCUUCAUUAAACCCAGCAUAUGCAGAUUUCUUAAGAACAAAAUGUAAUGGAGGACCCACUGAUCGAACCACCACAGUAGAAUUGGAUCCAGAUAGCUCAUUCUCCUUUGAUAGUCAUUACUUCGAAAUUUUGAAGGAUGGUAAAGGUCUUUUUACAUCGGAUGCAACUCUCCUAACUAACGAGAGAGCUAAACAUAUCGUGUUUGAGCUUAUCGAUCCUGAAACGUUCUUGGAUGAAUUUGCUGUAUCUAUGGAGAAAAUGAUAGAAAUUGGUGUACUUACUUCUCCAAAACAAGGCCAAAUUAGGAAGCAUUGUAGUAUAAUCAACUAACUAAUUUAGUUGAUCUUUGUAAUGGAGCACAUGCUAAACGAUGUUUAAUAAUUUCUUUUUGUUU